AUGAAUUCAAGUGGAUUAGGGUCGUCUUCAGAACAAGAUAAAAAGAAUUAUUCUACGAAAGUAGGAGGCAAUGUAUCAAUGAUACAACCAUUAGCUUCUUCUGGUGUACCUAAUGCGUACUCGAUAAACGUACCUGAAACUCCAUCAUUAACUUAUUCCUCGACAACAACACCAUCCGCUUCAUCAACAUCUUCGUCGUCAUCGACAACGAUAUCAACAAGCUUACCUAACUCUGGGCCAUUCCCGCCGUCAUCAUUAUCGUCAGUUGUACCAAGUGGACAAUCUAUGAAUUCGACAACAUCAACAUCUGUAACGACAUCAAUCGAUGGAUAUGGAUUACUUGGACUAUUAAGUGUAAUACGGAUGACAGAUCCUGAUUUAAACAUGUUAUCAUUGGGCAGUGAUUUAACAUCACUAGGUUUAAAUUUAAAUUCACCAGAUCCACUUUAUGCCACGUUUAGUUCGCCAUGGGCAGAUAAUAAUCAAGCUAUUGGAUUUAUUGAACCCGAGUAUCAUCUUCCUACAUGCUAUAAUGUACAACCACCACCACCUGCACCACAAAAAAUAAAAUCAUUUUCUGAUGAGACAUUAUUUUAUAUUUUUUAUAGUAUGCCAAAAGAUUUUUUACAGGAAGCUGCCGCAUAUGAAUUAUUUAAUCGAAAUUGGAGAUUUCAUAAAGAUUUGAAACUUUGGUUAACGAAAGAACAAGGAGCUGAACCAUUUAACAAAUCUCAAGUAUUUGAACGUGGAACAUUUAUAUUUUUUGAUCCUAGUGCAUGGGAAAAGUUUCCCCGGGAAAUUGUUCUUAUGUAUGAUUCAUUAGAAGAUAAAGAUCAAGCAAUGUAUUUGGAGUAA